AUGCCCAUCCAGAAGUCCACUGCUGUAGAACCCAGGCCUAAGAUUCAAAAGCUCAAGGAGGCAAUCGACCUGCGCAUUGGAGGAGCACACGUCCCGUUCGAGGUGAUUAAAGUCAGGGACAAGGAUGGGUGCAAGCUCGUGCAUGUCUACGCCCACAUACCGGCCGAGGACGGCGAUUCAGACUCGUCUGAUACCGAAUCCGAUUCCAGAACAAGAAUCGAGAUUUCACUGGUUACGGAUAAGUGGUGGAAGGACGUCGCCGGCGAAAUCAUAUACGUCGCCGAUGGCAACUGCGACGACGGCGGCAAGGUCAUUUCUGUGCUCCUUUGUCUGGUUGAUCCGGAAGACGAGGUGGAGCAGGAUGAAGAGGAGUUUGUCAAGGCCUUUUACGAGCUUGAGCCGGAAAAUGCCGAUUUCUUGUAA